UUCGAUUCUCCUUUUACGAGGCAUUCCAGGGCUUCACAGUCCUCUACUUUUAUAAAGCAAGCUACACAGUCCUAUCUGAUUUGAACUGCAUAGCGGUAACCCUUGCAAUCAUUCUUCUCUCUCACACUCCCUGAAGAAGAAAGAACCCCGAGACUGGAAAACAUUGUGGAGGGAGAGAUGAGGAUCUCCUUCACAUGUUCUCUCCUUGUUCACAUUGCUUUGCUUUUCCUGCUUUUCUCAGCGUGCCAGGCGUACGGUGGUGAUCUUGAAGUGCUGCUGAAGCUCAAGUCGGCCAUGACCGGCCCCAAAGGUUCGGGCCUGGAUGACUGGAAGAACUCUUUGUCGCCAACAGCCCAUUGCAACUUCUCUGGAGUUUCGUGCGACGAGGACGCACGGGUGGUUUCUCUCAACGUGUCUUACACUUAUCUUUACGGUUUUCUGCCGCCGGAGAUUGGGUUACUGGACAGGCUGGUGAACCUAACGAUCGCCAGCGACAAUCUCACGGGGAGACUUCCGAUGGAGAUCUCAAACCUCACGUCGCUCAAGGUUUUCAACAUUUCUAACAACGCUUUCACCGGCAAUUUCCCCGGAGAAAUUACUGUUAAGAUGACAGAGCUCGAGGUCCUCGACACGUACAACAACAACUUCUCUGGGCCUCUUCCGACGGAGCUCGUGAGCUUGAAAAACCUCAAACACCUUUGUCUCGGAGGGAACUACUUUUCGGGUCCCAUUCCAGAGAGUUACUCGGAGAUUCAGAGCCUCGAGUUCUUUGGCGUGAACGGCAACUCACACACGGGCAAAGUUCCGUCUAGUUUAGGUCAGUUAAAGAAUCUCAAGCAAAUGUAUUUAGGGUACUUCAACAUUUUCGAAGGGGGUAUUCCGUCGGAGCUGGGAUCGCUCAGCUCGCUUGAACUCCUAGACAUGGCGAGCUGUAACCUCCACGGCGAGAUUCCCACGAGCCUCAGCUCUUUGAAGAACUUGCACUCAUUGUUUCUACAAGUCAACCGUCUCACUGGUUAUAUACCACCGGAGCUUUCUGGUAUUUACAGCUUGAAAUCACUGGAUCUCUCAAUCAACGAACUCACGGGACAGAUACCGGAGAGCUUCUCAGAGCUCAAGAACAUCACGCUACUCAACUUGUUUAAGAACAAGCUGUACGGUCCAGUCCCGGCCUUCAUCGGCGACCUUGCGAAUCUAGAAGUGCUUCAGAUAUGGGAGAACAACUUCACGCUCGAACUCCCCGAGAACUUGGGUCGCAAUGGAAAGCUCAUACAACUGGACGUGGCGACCAAUCAUCUCACCGGGUUGAUUCCUCGCGAUUUGUGCAAAGGAGGUAGGUUGAAGACGCUGAUCUUGAUGGAGAAUUUCUUCAUCGGACCAAUCCCUGAAGAGCUCGGCGAGUGCAAGUCGCUUACGAAGAUCCGAAUCAUGAAGAACCAGCUCAACGGGACGAUUCCGGCGGGGAUGUUCAACUUGCCGUUGGUGGAACAGAUCGAGGUCAACGACAACCACUUCUCUGGCGAGCUUUCCUUCGAGUUUUCGGCGAACAUGCUCGGAAUUCUUACGCUUUCCGGCAAUCAAAUCACCGGGAAAAUUCCUCCGGGAAUUCGAAAUUUCAAAAAAUUGCAAACUCUAUCGCUGGAAAGGAACAUGUUUUCCGGUGAGAUUCCGGGGGAAAUCUUUCAUCUAAAUAUGCUCACGAGAAUCAACGUGAGCGACAACAAUCUCAGCGGCGAAAUUCCGGCUUCGAUUUCGAGCUGUACCUCUUUAAACUCCGUGGAUUUCAGCCGAAAUAGUCUGUUUGGUGAAAUUCCCAAAGGGAUUGCCAAGCUGAAGGAACUCAGCGUUCUCAAUUUCUCGAGAAACCAACUAACAGGCGAAAUCCCCAGAGAAAUCAAAAUCAUGACUAGCCUCACAACGCUGGACCUCUCGGAAAACAAUUUUGUAGGCACAAUCCCCACCGGCGGGCAAUUCUUGGUUUUCAAUGAGAGCUCGUUCGCUGGGAACCCCCAUCUCUGUCCGUCACGUCCCGCCACUUGCCCGUCUUUUGUGGGUACUCAGGGUCAGGGUUCGGGUCGGAUCCUCAGCAAUUCCGGGUCUUGGAAGGUCGUAAUCACCGUGAUCGCAAUCGUAACGGUUAUGUCCCUGGGUCUGGUUACGGUUUACAUGAUGCGAAAAAAGAAGCUCCAGAUGUCACGCGCGUGGAAGCUCACGGCGUUUCAACGGCUCGAUUUCAAGGCUGAGAUCGUGUUGGAAUGUUUGAGGGAAGAGAACAUAAUAGGCAAAGGAGGAGCUGGGACCGUCUACCGCGGGUCCAUGCCAGACGGCUCCGACGUGGCGAUCAAACGGCUGGUGGGUCGCGGUACCGGGCGGAACGACCACGGGUUCUCGGCGGAGAUCAAAACUUUGGGGCAAAUCAAACACCGAAACAUCGUGAGACUUCUGGGUUACGUGUCCAACAAGGACACGAACCUUUUGUUGUACGAGUACAUGCCAAACGGGAGCUUGGGCGAGAUGUUACAUGGGUCAAAGGGAGCGCAUUUGCAGUGGGAAAUGAGGUAUAAGAUAGCCGUCGAGGCUGCCAAGGGGCUCUCCUAUCUUCACCAUGACUGCUCUCCGCUCAUCAUCCACAGGGACGUCAAGUCCAACAACAUAUUGCUGGACUCGGAAUUCGAGGCUCAUGUUGCUGAUUUUGGGCUUGCCAAGUUCUUGCAGGACGCCGGAGCCUCCGAGUGCAUGUCCUCCAUUGCCGGCUCCUAUGGAUACAUCGCCCCAGAGUACGCUUACACGCUGAAAGUUGACGAGAAAAGCGACGUGUACAGCUUCGGUGUUGUGCUAUUGGAGCUGAUAGCAGGGAGGAAACCAGUGGGGGAGUUUGGUGACGGUGUGGAUAUAGUGAGGUGGGUUAGGAAAACCACGUCGGAGCUCUCUCAGCCGUCCGAUGCAGCUUCAGUCCUGGCAGUGGUGGACCCCAGGCUCAGUGGUUACCCUCUGACGGGGGUAAUACACCUGUUCAAGAUAGCUAUGAUGUGUGUGGAGGAUGAGAGCUCCGCCAGACCUACCAUGAGGGAAGUUGUUCACAUGCUCACGAAUCUACCUCAGUCUGCCGCGAGCCUCAUCAACCUUUAGAAAUAACAUUGCCUAAUUUGCCUUGGAGCUCAAGAUGGAUAUUUUUGAGUAAAUAACAGUGAAGUAAACUGUAAUAAUAUUGUGACGGGAGGUAGUGGGGUGCAAGAAAGUUUUAACCUAACUACCCUGCUUUCAUGGUGGGUGAAGUUUGUCGGGGGUGAAACUGAUCAAAUUUUCUUCUGUCACUGUAAAACGCCGAUUUUGAGUUGUUGACUUGGUCGGUUUAUGUAACAUAUAUUUGGUGUUGAUUGUGGCUAUGAAUGGGGUAAUUUAACUUGGUAAUGAUAUAGAAAGUUAUUGAGUUUAA